AGUUACUAUUUUAAUGACUUUGUUUUCUCUUUUUGUUCACUUAAGAAAAACUCAUAAAAUGGCGGACGCACUGACCCAUCUCUUCUGUGCAGCGCCCCCUGAUGGCUGAGAAGAGGAACGACAGAGUGGUUCAGAGAAGAAAGGUCGAAGGUGUGCUGACAACAAAUUUAGCUAAACUAGUCUACAGUAACUCCACCGCUUUGAGUUUUAUCACCUGCCCAUUUUUUUUCAAUUAUUAUCCUUUUUGAAUUUUAGGUUUUGACAAGAGUUUUGAGUUGACCCAGCGUCAGUUAUAGACUGUAGCAACAAUAAGGCGUUGUGGACCAGGUCGAGGAGGAAAUGAUCAUCCCUGUUUCGACGUUAUCACAGCAUCUGGAUAUUAUUUGCGGAUCCCCCAAAAAACGAAGAAGCCUGUUUAAGUGGAUUCGUCAAGAAGUUUGUAUUGAUUAAGCUUACUUUAUCAGCUCCAGGCUUCAGUUAGUGUUAUAACAACAACAGGCUCGUGUAGCCGUUUGAGUGCCGAUAGUUUCACACGGGAAAUGAACUUAAGCCUUUUUGUUUUGCACUUGCAACAGCUAGCUAACUUCUCGCACGAUUGUGGUCCAUGUUCCUAACGAGACUCUGUGGACGUGGGUGAAUGCAACGCCUCGUCUCUUCGGGUGUUGCCUGCCUGCCUGGCUGGCUGGCUGUCUGUCGACCCUCUGCAGCAGCACGCUGCUGCUGCUGCUCCGCCUGCUGCUGUGAUUUCCUGACUCUCCUGACGCCGUUUGAAACUAAAAGACAUCGAUUUUUAUUUGGCUUUAAUGCAGCUGCUCAUGUGUGCUGAACAGUAGCACAAUGGGAUCCCUGAAGGCUCUCCAGCAGUGGUGUCGGAUACAGUGCGAGAACUACAACGAUGUGGAAAUCAGGGACAUGUCCGCGUCCUUUCGGGACGGCUUGGCGUUUUGUGCCAUCAUACACCGCCACAGACCAGAUCUAAUAGACUUUGAUUCACUGUCUAAAGAAAACGUCUAUGAGAACAACCGUCUGGCAUUUGAGGUGGCGGAGGUGGAGCUGGGCAUUCCAGCCUUGCUGGACGCAGAAGACAUGGUGUCCAUGAAAGUCCCGGACCGACUGAGCGUCAUCACAUACGUGUCUCAGUACUAUAACUUUUUUAACAACAAGUCCCAAGCAAACCCUCCAUCUAUGAAGAGGCUCAGUACAGUCAGCCAUAAUGAACCAGCUCAAAAAAGGCCGUCAACUCCUUUAGAAGACAAAGGGGUUGAGCCUGAGACCGGUGCAGAGGUGGCUGCGGCGGCCAAGCGCAGCAGUCUGAGCAGCACUUGUGCUGCUUGCCAGAAACACGUUCACCUGGUGCAGAGGUUCCUCAUCGACGGCAAGCUCUACCAUCGGAACUGUUUCAGGUGCACAGAGUGCCACAGCACUCUGCUUCCUGGAUCCUACAAAGGAAAUAACUCCGGGGCAUUGGUGUGUACACACCAUCUCUCUAGACACGCUUCAGCCAGUCAGAACGGUCGUCCAGAUCUCAGUAAGAAGCCAGAGGAGGUUCAGCCCGCUCGGACCGGUCGCAGUGCAGCUCCCUUCCCCGCGCUCUCCGAGAGGGAUGAGGCCAAGACCCCUUCUCCAGUUCGCUCCACAAGCACCGAGACGCCGGCUGAUGACUCGGCCACAGCCACUGCUGUAGUAACAAGUAAGGAAGAGUCUUUGGGUGAAGAAGAAGAGGAACCGCGUCCUUCUUCUCCUCCUAAUCCUUUCGACGAAAGUGAUGAAGAGGAGGACGAGGGUGAAAUAGAGGAAGAAACUCAAGCUGAAGAAGCUUCAAAUGGGGAUCUUCCUCCUCCCUCUGAUGGUGAAGCUGCUGAAGCCAGUCGACCUGUUCCUGCACCCAGGAGGGUGUCAGAGGUCACCCCUCCACCUCGCCCAGUGCCUCGGGUUCGGGUGUCCUGCACCGCAAACAGCUCCCCAGCCGGUGAACAUCUGAAGCCUCCCACUCCUCCCAAACCAAGAGAAAGAUCACAGUCUCCUGGAAGUGGCACCCAUAAACUUAAAGACCCACCUUGGCUUGCCCUGGUCCAAUCAGAAACUAAGAGGAAGAAAGCCCCUCCUCCACCCCCUCCUGGAGUGACAACGCCUCCAAACACAGGCUCUCUGUCUUCUCUCCAAGCGGAGGGCUCUGGACCCAGCACGCCCCCCAACCCAUUUGAGGAUGAGGACGAUGAAGUCAAUGAAGAGGGAAGCGAUGGAGGAACGGCUCCACCCGCAGUGGCGGCCACCCACCCAUGGUACAACAUCACUCAGACACCUGACGGGGCAGGGUCAGAGGUCACGCCCAGAACAGAAAGUUCGUCCCGUUCUGCCAGCCCAGGCAGCGCGAAGAGCAAGAAAAGGCCAGCCCCUCGGGUUCCCCCCCAACCGCCUACUGGGAACCAAGCUCCCUCUCACUCGCAGCCCUCCUCCUGUUCUCCUUCUCCAGCUCUCAGCAUAGAGAGUUUGUCUUCCUCUUCAGACCACAGCUCCUCCCAGCUCCCACUGGGCGCCAGCAGCGACCAGGAGCAGAGCUUCAGCAAGAGUGUCUCGGAGCCGUCCAUCUCGUCGCCAGGCGACAACCCGUCUUCCUCGUCCUCGGCAGAUCUCCUGAACCAUUCCUCCCAACGCUCCUCCCCGUCUGCGUUGCCUCCCAAUGCCAGCUCUGCGCCGGCCACUCCGCAGACCAGCCGCAACACUGGAGCCAAGCCACCUCGACCGACCACCACUCCCAGCCCGCUAACCACGCAGGCACCCAACAAAAGGUUUUGUAAGGAGAAUCCCUUCAACAGGAAAGCUUCUCCUUCCAAUGCCAAGUCUGAAAAUCAACCUUCCAAAGGCCCUCGUCCUGCCAGACCCCCGGCACCAGGACACGGGUUCCCACUUAUCAAACGCAAGGUGCAGUCGGAUCAGUACAUCCCAGUAGAGGACAUCCAUGCGGAGUUGCUUCAGCUAGAGAAGCAGCUGGAUGAGCUGGAGCAGAGAGGGGUGGAGCUGGAGAAGAAGCUGAGAGACACUCCUAACGAUGAGGAUGAGGAGCGCCUCCUGGUGGACUGGUUCACUCUGAUUCAUGAUAAACAUCAUUUAGUGCGACGCGAAGCUGAGCUGGUCUACACUGCGAAGCAGCAGAACCUGGAGGAGAGGCAAGCUGAUGUGGAGUACGAGCUGAGGUGUCUUCUCAACAAACCAGAGAAAGACUGGACCGAGGAGGACAAGACUCGGGAACAGGAGCUAAUGGCAGAGCUAGUUACCAUCAUUGAACAGCGCAACCAAAUAGUUAACAGCAUGGAUCAGGAGCGACAGAGGGAAGAAGAAGAAGACAAAUUAAUGGAGGCCAUGCUGAAGAAAAAAGACUUUCACAAGGAUCCAGACAGUGACCACCAGAAGAAAAAAGGGACAAAGUUUAAACCCAUCAAGGUGCUAAAGAGGCUGAGCCAGAAAGGAGAUGCAGGAAAGAGCCACAGCCCUCGCAAGGACAAAAGCUGAGGAGGAGAGACUGUUGGACCGUUUUAACAAGACUCAAUAAGUUUUUAUUAAAAGAAGAAUUAUGAAACAUAUCGGAUUGAGAAGAGAAACUUCCCUUGCAACCUUGCAUCUGCUCACAACCCUUCUAAAACGUCUGCAGUGACUGUUUCCAUUUGUCUUUGUGUUUCAAAGCGACGGUCUAACAAGCAAGUGCUUUCUGAGCUCUCAAUAGAAAACUUGGUGAAGUGUAAGGGACGUUUUUAUUGCGCCAACCUGAUUUGUUUUAUUUCCAAGCUUUACUCUUGCGGUGUUGCUCAGUGACCAUGAAGGCUCAGCAGAGGACCGUGUUUUAAACUUAUUGUUUCACCUUGAUACCUGAGGCCCACAAGUCAUUUUAGGGAUGCACCAAUCAGAACCGAUCUCUGGUUUUCUGUUAUGCUUUGAGCUUCCGAAACGGUUUUUCUCCAAAUCCAGGUUUCCUUGGGGGCGUGAGAGGAUAAUUAAUAACAGUUAAUCUUGGAAACAGGCAGUUUCAGACUGCAUCUGAGAAUAUAUAGUAAGUAUAAUGAUAAAUUGAUGUUGAAAACCUGAAAGAUUAGAACAGGCCAACUACAGUUAGGGGUGCACCGAUUGCAGUUUUCUAUCUGAUUGCUGAUUACGGAUCUUGAUAAGCCUAACCUGCCGAUUUUGAUUUUGGCUCCUUUUUUUUUUUUUUUUUGUCUGAAAUGUUGCUGAGUUGGCAACAAUAGGGUGACUGUUAACUGCAAACCUGCAGACAUGACCUGGUGGGCUGGUGAAUCAGUCACACUUCUCACAGGAGAAAAGAAGAAGUGGCUGAUUUUUAGGCCUUUGCUGAGGUAGAUUAUUGGGGGACAAGAUUGACUUCACAUUGUAAGUAUUGGACGAUCACCGAUCUCCCAAAAUUAAGGAAAUCUGCACCGAUACAUCAGUGGACCCCUAAUCUAUGAUGAUAAUUCAUCCAGCCCUCCUGUUAUCUACUGAAAGUGUCUCUCUCUCUCGUUCUUCUGCAGCCUUAUUUGCAAAAAAAAUUUUCAACAAGUUUACAGCAGUGGAGCUUCUUCUGACUACAUUUUAAACACCCCACAGCUACAGAAAAUAUUCUCUAUACAGUAACGGCGUCCACAGCUCAGAUAUUUGUUACUGUGACCUGAUGGUGCAGUUUGAGUUUCAGUUUGGAUACUCACAGGUCAAAGUCUUUUAAUGCUAAAAAUGGUCAGAUUACACAUAAUAUCUAACAAUUACAGAUUACACAAAUUUACCUUAGGGUAAAGGCGACCCUAGGGGUAAAGGAUGACCUUUACCCCUAGGGUAAAUAUUAAGGUGACCUUAAUAUCACCUUUACUCCUUAGGAGAGAAGAUGGACCUUUUAUUUGUUUCAACCCGUUUGGUUUGAACUGGUGGUACUAUGUUUUUUUGGGAUGAUCGUGUUUUUGCUUUAAACUGCAGCAUUUUCCAUUAAAAAGCUCAACCAGCAAAGUAUACCUAAAGAAUUCCAGCUGCUAUAGUGUCUCAGAAAUACUUGUCAUUUGUUUGUGCCUGUGCUGGAAACUUACAGUAUUUAUGAGAAGUGUGUGUUUGGGAGAAAAAAAAAAGUGAAAGGGAGAAAAUGUUUUUUUU